CCUUGGUCACCUAACCCAUGCUUUCCAGCAACCCACAUCGAUUAUAAAACCCCUCCAAGAAUCCCUCACAAAGGCGUCCCAUUUCGUUCAAAGAGACCUCAAGACUCUUCUCCUACCAAUGGCUUCCAAGACAUUCAUCUUCCUACCUCUACUGCUCCUCUUUUCCGCGUCCGGUGCACUCGGUGGAGGGAUCACAUGCGAGAGUUUGGGCAAGAGCACGUGUGCGUACGCCGUGUCCUCUGCAGGGAUGCGGUGCCUGCUCGAGAAGCAUGUGCGAAGGGGAGGUCAGGAGGUGUACACGUGCGGCACGUCGGACAUCGAGGCAGAUGGAAUCAAGGAUCGGGUGGAGACGGACGAGUGCGUGGAAGCGUGUGGGCUGAAUCGAGGCACGCUCGGCAUCUCCUCGGAUUCGCUGCUGGACUCCAACUUCAGGCAGAAGCUGUGCUCCCCUGCUUGCUACCGGGGCUGCCCUAAUGUCGUCGAUCUUUACUUCAAUCUUGCCGCCGGUGAAGGUGUGUUUCUUCCCAAGUUAUGCGAAGCGCAGGAAACCAACGUUCGUCGAGCCAUGGCUGAGAUCAGAAGCUCUGGUGCAUCGCUUGCGGCGUCUUCUGAGUCGGGAAAGGUUGAUGCUUCUGCUCCUACUCGGUCCAGGGUGUUGUUCGCCCCAGCAGAGCCACCUAUGUGACAUUUUUGUGAAAUAUAAAAAGAAUAUUUAGGAUAUGCAUGGCGUGUUUUGUACUUGUCGGACAAUAAGACAGAUGUUUGUUAGAAUUCUUUUUCCCUUGUUCCGGGUUAGAACGUGAUUGGUAGAGGCCAUCAAAGGGGAUGACAUGCCAUUUCCUGGUCCAUAUCCCUAAAAUGUUAUAGUAUGAGCAAGCUAUGAAUACUUUUACUGUCUCAAUUUUUC